AUGGGACAAAUCUACAGCCAGAUGUUCCCGCCCAAGGCGAAGUUCAGCGUGAACCACAUCCCUGACCUUUCCGGGAAGGUCAUGCUCGUCACUGGCGCGAACAGCGGGAUUGGGAAGGAGACGGCCAAGGCCCUGCUUCAGCAUAAUGCGAAGGUAUACAUUGGCGCUCGCAGCCCAUCCAGAGCCGAGGAGGCUAUCGAGGAGCUCAAGAGCGCGACGGGCAAGCAGGCGCUUUUCCUGAAGAUCGACUUGGGAAACCUCAAGUCCGUCAAGGCCGCAGCGCAAGAACUCCAAAGCAAGGAGACUCAGCUACACGCUUUGUUCAAUAACGCAGGUGUUGCGAUGUGUCCGGUAGAGAUGGUCACGGUUGACGGCUACGACUGCCAAUUUGGCACGAACGUUCUAGGUCAUUUCUAUCUAACCAAGCUGCUGCUCCCGACCCUGCUGUCGACCGCGAAGACUACUUCAGACGGCACCGUCCGCGUCGUCAACACGGCUUCCAGCGGGCACACCAUAGUCGACAAGAUCGACUUCAACACCCUCAAGGACGGCCCUGCCCGGCGCAAGAUGAGCACGACUAACUUGUACGGUCAGAGCAAGCUGGGCAACGUCCUCUUCUCCAAUGAGCUAGCGCGCCGCUACGGUGAUCAGGGCAUCAUAUCCACGUCGCUCAACCCCGGGAACCUGUCCAGCAAUCUCUACCGUCACAUGAGCCCGAUCGUGCUGAAGAUCAUGAAUUGGACGGUACUAUAUCCCAAUGCGAUGGGCGCGCUUACGCAACUCUACGCCGGAACCAUGGACGGGAAGGAGCUCAAUGGCAAGUAUCUUAUCCCAUGGGCUCGUAUUGGUCACCCUAGUCGCGCUGGUUCAGACGCUGCCUUGGCGAAAGCGCUCUGGGAGUGGUGCGAAGAGCAGGUCGAGGGAUUAUGAGCUUGUUUCUUCUAUUCUCGACCCGAUUAUGGUCACUAGCAUGCCAGUGUUACAUACUAUCCUCCUCUCGCCAUCCGUUUCCCUUCGUUCCCGAGCGACAUUCGGGUAAAGCACUUCAAUAAACACAGUUCAUUUCAG